GCUAUCUUCAAGCAUGUUACCAUUCAAAGGGCUUGUCAAAUUCAUUUUCAAAUUCACAUUUUUCAAGUAAUCUAAACAUAUAAUUUCGAAGUACUAAAGCAACCGAAACAUUCUAAAUGAACAUUUUCCUAAAACCCUCCGUUUUUAGAUUUGUUGUGUUAUUAACUACAAGAUCCUACUCAAAGUAUCGCACCUUCGACAAUUCUAACCUCAAUUUGUUACUAACUAAAAUGCCCAAAGAACCUACCCAUAUUGCUGUUGCUCAAAAGCAAAGACUUAAAAUCAAACAAAAGAGUGCUAAGUACACUCCGGGCAGAGUUACGCUUCAAAUUUUGGGCACAGGCGCUAAUGGAGCUCCUGGGUCUGUUUACUUAUUUUCAGACCAGAGUCGGUAUCUAUUUAACUGCGGUGAAGGUACUCAAAGGUUAGCCCAUGAGCACAAAACGAAGCUAGCCAAGUUGGAGCACAUUUUCAUUACUCAGCCCAAAUGGAAAAAUAUAGGCGGAUUGCCUGGCACCGCUUUGACAAUUCAAGAUGUUGGUGUGCCCCAAAUCACUCUUCAUGGGCCUGAGGGACUUAAUGAAAUAUUCCCUGCUACUAGGCGAUUUGUGGUUAUUAGGGAUUUGAAAAUUAAUAUGGCAGAUUGUUCAGAAACGACGACUUUUGAGGAUAACGCCUUGAGGGUUGAGUAUGUACAUUUGCACAAAAGUGUUUCACAAAGUGGGUUGGAAAAAGAUGUUCAAGCAAGUGUAGAGCAGAGUGAGGCGGGUACUUCCACAAGAAGCGAAAAAAAGAGAUCAUCUUCAAUUAGCUCAAGAAAUGGAGAAAGUCUCGUAGAAGAUGAUACAGAUUACUAUGCUCAUGAACGUAAGAAAACUAAGCGACAUAGAAGUAGAUCCCGUUCCAAGUCAAGAAGUCCUGAGAGCGGAAGAAGACCCGCACCAAGCGCAAAAAGCAUAUCAUCAGCCACCCAAAUGUUACUGAAGGGAUUCAAAUCAGAGGCGAUUUCAAUGUGCUACAUUUGUCGUUUGCAGCCACGUCCUGGAGCACUCAAUUUGGACAAGUGUGUCAAAAAUGGAGUCCCUCCAGGACCACUUUUGGGCCUUCUGAAAAAUGGAGAGGAUGUUACUUUGGGUAAUGGGACUGUUGUUAAAUCUGUUGAUGUUUGUGAACCUGAUGAUCCAGGACCUAUAUUUUUAGUUGUGGACUGUCCGUCGGCUGACUAUUUAGAAUCUUUAGCUUCCAAUCCUCGAAUGAAGAAACACCAAAAGUUUGCUCAAUUCGACGACGAUGCGGCUUGCUUAGUUGUCCAUUUCACGCCUAAAGACGUCAUGGAACUUCCACUGUAUAAACGCUGGAUGGAGGAUUUCACGCCUAGCACGCAACACAUUCAAGUUAAUGACUCCAAUUCCUGUAUGGGAAGUACAGCGGUUCAUAGAAUCCAGUAUAAGUUAAAUCUGCUUUCGCCAGAUUUUUUCCCGCUGUUAGGUGAUCGGGGCACUCCAUCUUUAUGCGAGACGUUUGGCAAUCAUCAGAAUAAAAAGCAGAAGUCGGAGGACAUAAAUUUCGCGAAUCUAAACCUUGAUAUUGCGCCUGCAAACAAUUGUAAAACUGUCAAUGAAAACAGAAGUAUCGGAAGUUUAAGUAGCUACUAUUUAAGACCGAAAAAAGGAUUUGAUAGCACUUCGCAUAUCAAUUUGGACACGCAAGAGUUUAUAGACGAAACCAUGUCUCUCCCGCAAUUUUCCGACGCUCUUAAAGAACUACACCAAAAGCUUCAGAUUGAAAAGAGCAAUUACACGAUUAGAGAUUAUCCUCAAGUGUUAUUUUUAGGAACGGGCUCCUGUAUUCCUAAUAAAACGAGAAACACUAGUGGAAUUCUUUUGCAAAUUAGCGAUACGAAAAACAUUUUAUUAGACUGCGGAGAAGGAACCUGUGGUCAAAUCACUCGAUUUUUCGGACAAGAAAAAGCUAACAAAGUUUUGACCGAGAUUGAUGCCAUUUACAUUUCCCAUCUGCAUGCUGACCACCAUAUAGGGCUAAUAGGAGUGCUACAAGGUAGACGGAAAGCGUUGGAUCUGUUGCGAAUUGAGAAAGCACCCUUAAUCUUAUUUGCCCCCAGGCAAAUUUUAGCUUGGUUGGCGUUCUAUGAUCGGUUUUUCGAGAAUAUCAAGGAUGAAUAUGUUUUAGUGCCCAAUGGAGAAUUGAUUUUAAACGAAACCACUUUUGCCGAUGAGAAGAGAAUUAAGAUUUUAAGCAAUUUGGAUAUGAGCGAUAUUAGUACGUGUUUAGUCAGGCACUGUCCAAAUGCUUUUGGAGUGUCGAUUACACAUGAAUCCGGGUAUAAAAUUACAUAUUCUGGAGAUACGAUGCCGUCUGAGAAGCUAGUUGAAUUGGGUAAAAAUUCGGAUGUUUUAAUACACGAAGCCACGAUGGAAGACGAAUUGGCCAAAGAAGCGGUUGUGAAGAUGCAUUCGACGACUUCCCAGGCGAUCCAAGUGGGCAAAGACAUGAAGGCUAAGCAUGUUAUAUUGACGCAUUUUAGUCAAAGAUAUGCGAAAUUGCCCAGAUUUAACGACAAUUUCGCAGAUAAUGUCAGCAUAGCUUUUGACAAUAUGCAGGUGAAGCUCGAUGAACUACCUUUAGUUCCGCUGCUUUAUCCUGCCUUGAAAAUUAUGUUUGCUGAUCACUAUGAACAAUUGGAACAUAAGGCGGUUAAAAGACAACUAAAGGCAGAAAGGCAGGCAUUCUUGGAGCAGCCUAAAUUACAACAGAAUCAAAGCUGAUGUGUUUUAAUGAUGACUUUAUUCGAAUAAUACCAGCCAGCAGCUAGUGCGUCGAGAAAUAUUCGUAAAAAUAUCUAUGCAACAAGCAUGACAAACGAAAAAAUCACAAAAAUGUUGCGUGUAAAGAAACAGAUUUUAGAUGCGUAGACAUUCCAGUCACGUGAAUGAUAUUCGGGGAAUAUCGAGUGAGAUUGAGGUUUGCGCUGUUAAAUACGUUGUACGUUUUGGACAAAUACAGUUUUUAUUCACCAACACAAAAACUUACAAAAUAAAAACAAACAUAUUUAAACUUAUAACAAAAACACUUUACUUAAUUCUAUUUCAUCUUAGCUAUCCUAAGUGUCGGCCAAAGUAUGAGGUCGCACCAAACAGCCUGAAGCUCUAGUCAUAUAUGCAAUAAAUCAAUAUGGAUUUUAUCACAAAGGUAUGACUACAAUCCAGUCAUUAAAUAUAUCUAUAUGUAUAAACAGUAACUUGGAACACCCAUA